GGAAGAAGCACGAGUUUAUCAUGGUUCUACAAUAUAAUAACACUACGCAACACUUAUUCUUGGAAAACAAAAAAUCCGUUUGUAGAUCCCCCAUUGAAACUUGACAAACCCCCCUAUGCUAACAUAAUCACAAUCUUUCAUGGUCGGUACUUCCUAUUUGUCAAACCCCCUUUUCCCCACCCACGUGUUUCAUUUCCUUCUUUUCCUUUCCUCAAAUACUCUCUCACUUCAAUUCAAUUCAAUUCAAUCAUUAAGGGAAAAAAGAUCCAACUAAUCUCUCCAAGAUUCUGUUUUCCUGACACCCUUUUCUAAGUAUGGUGGUUUGGAGCCGUGCAGUGGUAAGAUGGAGAUAUAGAGCCACAAAUUUAACCCGAAGUUUCUGUUAUAAACCCCAUGAAAACAACCUUAAAGUAGUGCCACCUGCGAGUUGUGGUGAAGCUAAUAAGGGGAGAAAUGUGCAGUGGGUGUUCUUGGGUUGCCCUGGUGUGGGGAAAGGGACAUAUGCAGCUAGACUUUCUAAGCUUCUUGGAGUACCCCAUAUAGCCACUGGUGAUCUUGUUCGUCAUGAACUCUCUUCUCAUGGCCCUCUUGCCUCUCAGCUUGUGGAUAUCGUUAACCGAGGGCAAUUAAUUUCAGAUGAAAUUGUAAUAGAUUUGCUAUCUAAGCGUCUUGAAGCAGGAGAAGCUAAGGGUGAAACAGGAUUUAUUCUUGAUGGAUUUCCUCGAACUAUACGGCAGGCGGAAAUCUUAGAGGGAGUGACAGACAUCGACUUGGUGAUUAAUCUGAAGCUUCGGGAAGAUGCGUUGAUUGCCAAGUGCUUAGGAAGAAGGAGUUGUAGCAAGUGUGGAGGCAAUUACAAUGUUGCGUGCAUUGAUAUCAAGGGUGAAGAUGGCAAAACUAGAAUGUACAUGCCUCCCCUUCUCCCUCCUCCACAUUGUGAAACCAAACUUGUUACACGGUCUGAUGACACUGAAAAUGUUGUGAAGGAACGCCUCCGCAUCUACCAUGAAAUGAGCCAACCGGUGGAGGACUUUUAUCGCAUGCGGGGGAAGCUGUUGGAGUUUGAUCUCCCUGGAGGAAUUCCAGAGUCGUGGCCAAAGUUGCUUCAGGCUUUGAAUAUCUAUGACGAUGAGGAUAAGAAAUCUGCAGCAGCAUGAUUUUUACUUGUCUUGCCAGUAUGUUUACUGGUGUUAUAGGUUCAUUCUUUGCAUGCAUGUUGGAAAUGCGUGGGUGUUUAUUCUAUUAAAAAGCACGAUAAUGGGGCUCCCUACCCCUACUUCUGUUUUCUCCCUCACUAUUGUAUUAUUAUUAUGCUAAGGCAACUAUAACAUAUGUAUGUUAUUUCUUGCAAGUUUGUUGUC